ACUUUCUUAAUUUUGUAGUGAGUUAACCAAAAUCCCAAGCAGUUUGUUCCAACAAACUAGUAUCAGAGCUACAGCGGUGGUUAGUGUUUGAAAAAUUGGUUUAAUCAUGAUGGCAUCUGGAGCCAAGUAUGAGAUUGAGAAAUUUAAUGUUGGCAAAAUUUUCAGCUUAUGGAGGUUGAAGAUGCAGGCCAUGCUAAUACAACAGGGUCUGUGGAAAGCACUAGAAAAGGAAAGCAGGUUACCGGAAACUCUACUAGAGGAAGAGAAGAUAGACUUGAAGGAGCAGGCACUAAAUGCAAUUCAGCUCUCACUUUCUGAUGAAGUCUUAGGGGAGGUUGCAGAAGAAAAUUCAGCUUCUGCAUUAUGGUCGAAGUUGGAAGCCCUUUACUUAACCAAAUCAGUCACUAACCGAUUGUAUCUAAAGAAACGGUUGUUCACCCUUAGUAUGAAUAAAGGUGGUUCCAUCAAAGACCAUCUUGAUGAAGAUCAACUCUCUAUGGAAGAUGUCAAGGUGGCCCUGAAUUCAAGAGAAUUGAAGAAGAAGGUGUUCAGAGACAAGAGUGGUGAUCAAGCAGUAGGAUUGGUCAUAAACGAUAGACAAAAUAAUAGAACUUUCAGCAAGCGAGGAAAGUCUCGAUCCAAAUCAAGAGCCAAGCAUGCUCGAUGUUACGAGUGUAAUGAGACGAGACAUUUCAAGAAAAAUUGUCCCAAGCUCAAGAAGAAGAAAGUUGAAAAAUCCGGUGAUGCCAACAUUGCCAGUUGCAGUGAUCAUUUAGAUGAUGAAGAUUGUGUUCUAUCUAUCUCUACAAACUCCUCUGGUGAGGCAUGGAUUUUAGAUUUGGGUUGUUCAUUCCAUGUAUGCCCACGACGUGACUGGUUUGAAACAUAUAAACCAGCCACUAGCAUGGUGGUUCUUGGUGAUGAUAUAGCAUUGCCUAUUGUUGGAAUUGGCAACAUCUGGAUCAAGAUGUAUGAUGGGAUGGUCAGAACAUUCGAGGUUCGUCAUGUGCUAGGAAGCACAGUCAAUGGCACAUGUGCUGUGUCAACUUCAAGCAGUCUAGAUAAAGAUGUAACUCGGUUAUGGCAUAUGCAACUUGGGCAUAUGAGUGAAAGAGGGAUGAUGGAGUUAAGCACAAUUGAUUACAUUCACUCAGACUUGUGGGGUCCCUUGCCUGUUGCAUCAAAAGGUGGAGCUGUGUAUAUGUUGACCUUCAUCAAUGAUUAUUCAAGAAAGGUGUGGAUAUACACCUUAAAGAGUAAGAGUGACGUGUACCUCACCUUUAAGCAAUGGAAGACGCUAAUUAAGAAGCAGAAUGGAAAACAAAUCAAGCGUCUAAAAACAGAUAAUGGUCUUAAGUACUACAGUGAAAGGAUGAAUCGUACACUCUUGGAAAGGGCACGGUGUAUGCUCUCAAAUGCUAGAUUAUCAAAGGACUUUUGGGCAGAAGCUGUCAAUCAUGCUAGCUAUCUUGUAAAUCGGUCUCCAUCCACAGCAAUUAGAUUAAAGACUCCAGAAGAAUUAUGGUUAGGUUCUCCUGCUGAUUAUUCACAGUUAAGGAUAUUUGGUUGUCCUGUGUAUGCUCAUGUUAGGGAUGGUAAACUUGAGCCAAGGGCAGUGAAGUGUGUAUUUCUAGGGUACGCUUCCGGGGUAAAAGGCUAUAAACUAUGGUGUGUUCAAAAGUCACCUCAGUUCCUCAUGAGCAUAGAUGUAACCUUUGAUGAGUCUGCUAUGCUCCAAAAAGCAAAAGAGGAGUCAACAAUUGCAAAGCCAGACCAUGGAGUUAGCAAGCAGGUGAAGUUUGAAGCAACAACUCCAAAAAAGGCAGUGCGAGAUGACAACAUUGUCCAAGAGAAUUUAGAUGUGGUGCAAGAUCCAGAGCUAACAGAUACUCCAAUGGAGGUGGAGGCACCUGAACAAACACAACAGCAGUAUAAUAUUGCUAUUGAACCAGUGGAGACUGAGGAUCCCAACACUUACUGGGAAGCAAUUACCAAUAAAGAAUCUCCUUAUUGGCUUACUACCAUGACAGAGGAGAUUGAGUCUCUAUAUAAGAACCAGACAUGGAAGCUUGUGAAGCCACCAAAGGGACAAAGAAUUGUUGGAUGCAAAUGGGUCUUCAGGAGAAAAGAAGGAAUCCCAAAGGUAGAGACACCCAGAUUCAAGGCCAGAUUGGUUGCGAAGGGUUUCACACAACGAGAAUGUAUUGAUUUCCAUGAGGUAUCCUCUCCUAUGGUGAAACACAGCUCUAUCCGUGUUUUACUUGCCAUGGUUACUUUAUAUGAUCUUGAGUUGGAGCAACUUGAUGUGAAGAUUGCUUUCUUGCAUGGUGAGUUGGAGGAACGAAUUUCUAUGUCUCAGCCAAAAGGAUUCACUCGGAGCAACUAUGAUAGUUGUGUCUAUCAUAAAAAGCUUGGAGAUGGUUCUUGGAUUUACUUGUUGUUGCAUGUUGAUAACAAGCUUAUUGUUGCCAAAAGCAUGUUAAUCAUUGAUGAUUUGAAGAAGCAACUUAGUGGUAAGUUUGAGAUGAAAGACUUGGGUGCAGCUAAGAAGAUCUUAGGAAUGGACAUUCACAGGGACCGCAAGGGAGGUAAAUUGUUUCUCUCUCAAAAGAAGUACAUUGAAAAGGUACUUGAGUGGUUUGGCUUACAUGAAGCUAAGGCUGUGACUACUCCUUUGGGAGCACAUUUUAAGCUUUCAUCAAAUUUAUCACCAGAAACGGAGGAGAAGAAGAAGUUUAUGGCACGUAUUCCUUAUGCAAGUGUUGUUGGGAGCUUAAUGUAUGCUAUGGAGGCUGUGAAGUGGAUCCUCCGAUAUUUACGAGGCACAACAUAUGUUGGACUAGUCUAUGAUUGGAGUGCUAAUUCGAGUGGAAAUGUAGUCAGAUUUGUCAACUCUGAUUUUGCUGGCGAUUUGCACAAAAGGAAAUCAACUACAGGAUAUGUCUUUACUCUCUCAGGGUGUGCCAUUAGUUGGAAAGCUACAUUGCAAUCAAUAGUCGCCUUGUCAACAACUGAGGUAGAGUACAUGGCAAUUACUGAGGCAGUAAAGGAAGCAUUAUGGCUAAAGGGUUUGGUCAAUGAUCUCGGGGUAGAACAAAAUGAGAUGAUGGUGUUUUGUGAUAGUCAAAGUGCCACUCACUUGACGAAGAACACCAUGUACCACGAGAGAACCAAACAUAUUCAAGUUCAGUAUCACUUUGUCUGGGAGGUUAUAUCCAAUGGAGAUGUGUACGUUGAAAAGAUAUCAACUGACGAGAGUCCUACAAAUAUGAUGACAAAGCCGGUAAGUGGAAUCAAGUUCAAGCAUUGCUUGGAUUUGAUUAGUGUCCAAAGUGCUUAAUGCCCCUCGGGGCAUAUUGGCACCAAGGGAAUGAAACUAUUGGUCCUAAAUCUUAUUUUUUGAAUGCUCACCAAGGUGGAGAUUGUUGCUGCAUGUGGGUUCUACAUGGUGGUUGAAAAAAGCAUGCAAAUUUUC